AUGCCUCCUUACAUCCCAUAUUCACAACCAACGAUUUAUGACUUCCCGGGUUACGACAAAGCUCCCUUCGACGUCGAGAUCAUCGUGAACCAUGACGGGUCCACCAGCGAGCUGCACGCCCACAGAUACAUCUUACAGCGAUGCAGUUGGUUCGAGAAGCGUCUGCGUAGCUCCGCAUUGAAUACAACACCACACUUCUUUUUCAAACAGAACAUGUUGGCCAUGUCAGAAGGGAAACAGGUCAUCUCUGUGCAAAACAAGGACCCUCUCUUCCUCCGCUUGUUCGUCAAGUACCUAUAUAACAACGAACUCGAGGAGCAGGAAGUCGUGAGCACUGUAAGUGGCAUGGCGGGCAUGUCCAAGUGGGCCGCGCAGCAUCAGUAUAACUUUCGGCGCCUACUGGGCUAUGUAACUCUCUGGGAGCUGGGUGAAGUCUACGACUCGCCUCACUUUGUCUAUCUGCUGACAGAGAGGUUCAUCACUGUUACAGAACAGAUGGAACCAAGAGACCUGGGCUGGUGGAUCGAUUGGUACCAUAGCUAUCACAUGGAUCAGUGGAAUGAUGGGUCCUGGGCAAUGAUUGCCAAGGCGGUCCUACGCAACAAGAUAUUCCUAUUCCAUGCCGCAUUUUUACGGCUGAUUGAGAGGUUUCCGGCACUGGGAACCGCCAUACUGAUCGAACAAACCAAACAACUGGAAGAGUCAGAGUCGUUUGCUUGCUACUUCAGAGACCAAAAGGAGAAGAAAGCGGGAUGGUUUACGUCAUCUACCAAUUUCUCGCGAUAA